AUGGACACCGCACCAUCCCUGGCCGCGGGCGACAAGACGUCGACCAAGAGCCCGUCGAAGGAGCACAUUCUCAAUGAGAGGUACCUUUUGCAAGAGGAGCUGGGACGUGGCGCGCAGGGCGUGGUGUUCCGGGCUACGGACCGCGUCACGGGGCAGGCUGUGGCGAUCAAGCGCAUGUCCCUGGCGGAUAUGACCCCGGAGACCCUCGAGAGCUACGAGCACGAGAUCACGCUGCUCCAGAACCUGAAGCACAAACACAUUGUACAGUACCAGGGCCACUUCAAGUCGCGCCACCACCUCCACGUGGUGCUCGAAUACAUGGAGAAGGGGUCCAUCGCCCAGGUCGUCAAACAGAUCCUCCCCGACGAGACCAUCGCGGCCGUCUACACCUCCCAGGUCCUCGAGGGCCUCGCGUACCUCCACUCCCAGGGCGUCGUCCACCGCGACAUCAAGGGUGCCAACAUCCUCACCAACGCGGAGGGCGCUGUCAAGCUGGGGGACUUCGGCGUGGCGGUCCGACAGCCCGCGGGCGACCUCAACGGCGGCAGCAGCGCGGGCGACACGCUCCAGAGCCUCGCGGACGGCGCGGACGCCGACGUCGCGGGCUCUCCCUACUGGAUGGCGCCGGAAGUCAUCAUGAUGAAAAGCGCGUCGGCGGCGAGUGACAUCUGGAGCGUCGGGUGCCUGGUGGUGGAGAUGAUCACGGGGGCGCCGCCGUACUACGAGCUGCAGCAGAUGAGCGCGCUGUUCCGGAUCGUCCAGGACGACUACCCCCCCCUGCCCGACGGGAUCAGCCCAGAGCUGGAGCAGUUCCUGCUGCAGUGCUUCGAGAAGGACCCGCACCUGCGGCCGACCGCGAAGCAGCUGCUGCGCGCCGACUGGAUCCGCGUCGGGCGCCGCCGCGUGCGCGACCGCGAGUGGCGGAAGUCGUGGCGCAACACUGUUGUGCGGAGACCCCCCCCCGAAGAGCCCGACGCGACGCCCGAGCCCAGCACCCCGCCCGAGACGCUCGUCGCCGUGGCGAAGCCGUCUGGCGCGGAGGGCGAGGAGGGCAAGCGCAGCGCCAAGAGAGGGUGGCGGGCGCGACGGGAGGCGCGCGAACGCGAGCGGUCGUCGCUCGUCGCGGACGAGGCCGGCGCGGACGUGCCCACCGCGAAGGGCCCGAGCGUCGUCGCCGUCCACGAGUCCGUCGCGGCCGUCCUGCAGCGCGCGGUCGAGUCGGAGAACUGGGACGCCGCGCCCGACAUUGAGGGGGGGGACUCUCGCCGGGAUGGCCCCGGGGGACUGCUCCCCGACGGCGGCAAGACUUCGCGGAUGUCGUUCGACCACGCGGGCGACACGCGUUACCGCGGCACGCGGAACUUUUUGCCGCCGUUCAUGCGGCAGCCGUCGGUCGCCGGGUCGUCCCAGCACCUCCUCGCGGGCACCACGUCGAUCCCCGAAAACAUGCAGGACGAGGCGCCGGACAGGCCGCUGUUGGGCGUCGGCAAUGAGCGCGUCGAGCCGUCGGGGAGCUCGCUGGUGGUGCCCGCGACGGGCGCGAUGCGCGUGGACGGCGAGAAGCAGAAGGUCAAGAAGGUGCAGAUGUCGGUCGAGCCCCCGCCGUCGGUCUCCCGCACGCAAUCGAACGCCCGCGACCACGACAACAGGUUCCUCAGCAUGCCGCUCGAGACCUGGAUCAGCCACGCCAACGCGCAGGCCAACGGCCCCCCGCUCCCCCUCUCCUUCGGCCCCUCCUCCGCGGCCACCGCGGGCUCGGCCUCCAACGUCCACAGCCCCCUGAGCGGCUUCGCGAGCGGCUUCCCUCUCAGCGCGUUUGGCUCUGGCGCGUUCGAUGCCGCCAUGGCCGGCGGGCGGUCCGUGACCGCGCAGGACGCGGGAAACCCGCCGCCAAGCACGCGCGGGACAUCGGGGACGCCGACGCCGCUGUCGCGGAUGUUCCACGGCCGCGGCGCGGCGACGCUGUUGAAUUCGAAAAGCGCGCCGAAGAACGUGUUGCACGCUCCGUCGCCGAAGGCCGGGCAGGGCGAGGGGAAUGUGCACGGCGGCGGGGGCGAGGUGCACGCCGCGGGGGCGCGCGCGGCGCGCGGGCGCGUGCGGCGGGCGCUGGCGAACGUGCAGGAGGCGGUGCGGCAGGACAGGGCGGGCGGGCGGAUGCGGCGGCGGGCGAGCACGGCUGCGAAGGCCGUGCAGAAGCCGCAGGUGGCCGCCGCGGAGCUGCUGCAGGCGCUGCUGGAGGAGGACGUGGACGCGAGGCAGGCGGUGCUCGAUCCCGAGGGGCUCGUCGUGCUGCUCGACCUGCUGGAUAGUGCCGGCGUGGCGCUCUCGGACGAGCUCGCCGAUGUCACGAUGGACAUCGUCAAUACCCUCGUCAGCAACGACGCCGACGUCAUGUCCCUCAUGCUGCUGCACGGCGCCGCGCCGCAGGUGCUGGCCCUCGCGAGCCCCGGGCACCGCUCGCUCGCCGUGCUCUCGCGCGUCGCUGUCUUCCUCUACGCGAUGUGCACGCUCUCGCCGGGGUCGCUCCGGCAGCUGCUGUGCGCUGGCGGCGUGCCCGUGCUGGUGCGCAUGCUCGGCCACGGCGCCGUCGAGGACCCGGCGUACGCCCAGCGCCUCCUCGGCUGCGUCUGGGAGGUCCUCGAGCGCUCCGAGCCCAUCAUGCUCAACAGCAUGUGCCGGAUCAUGGCGCGCGCCGGGCUCGUGCCGCGGCUGUUCGAGCUCGUGACCGGCACGACCGAGGCCCUCCACGACCUCAACGCGGCGCGGGCGCGCGGGGCCGGGAAGGCCGGGGGCGCCUCGGAGCAGUUCGCGCCGAAAGUCGUGGCCACGGCCGACGGUGGCAGAGGGUUGUUGGGGGCGCGGGGGGCGGUCGGGGGCCUCGCGAGCGCGCUGGCAUCGCUCGGGCUGACGCUCACGACGGCGCUGAACCCGCUCUCGAGCCGCGCGAGCGGCAUCACGAGCACCCCGGGGGGACUCGGCGGGGGCCAAAAGAGCACGCUGAGCCUCUCGCAGUCGCUGGGGCGCAGCGACGUGGCGAACGGGCGCGCGAACGGCGACGGCGCGCGGCCGAAGGCGACCGACGCGGAGCGGCGUGAGGCGCUCGAGGCGACGCGGGCGGGCGCGGCACUGGUGCUCACAGUGUGUUCGCACGCCGACUCCGAGGUUCGACACGAGUUCUGCUCCUCGGCGGUGCUCGAGCCGCUGCUGAGCUGCCUGGGGAUGAUGCCGAUGUCGAUCCAGGCGGCGAUGGUGCGGUGCUACAAACACGUGAGCACGGAGCCGUCGCUGCUGGAGGACCUGCAGCAGGGGGGGCUGCUGGAACAGCUGGUGAACAGGCUGCAGGCGACGUCGGAGGUGUCGUUCUCGGGACCGAGGGUGUUUGAGAAUCCUUCCUCGGACCAGGCCGCGGCGCUGGAGCUCCGCUUCGAGGCCAUCUCUGCGCUGCACAGCCUCUGCAAGUUCGACCGCCACCGGCAGGAGAUUGCCGCCACCGCGGGCCUCAUCCCCUCGCUGUGCACCUUCGCGUCCUCCCGCAUCGGCGCCAUCAACCCCUCGUACGCCGCGCAGCUCCAGCACGAGCUCCGCGACGGCCGCGUCCCCGAGUCCCUCGAGCGCGAGCGCGCCAUCGGCGAGCUGGCGAUGGCGCUGCUGUGCGCCAUGGUGUACGGCACGGCGCGCACGCGCCUGCACCUGGGCGCGCCGGCCCUCGAGGUGCUCCUGCAAGCCAUCCACGAGGACCGCUGGCAGCUGCACGUCCUCGACGGCCUCGCGGCGUGGCUCCACGACGAGCUGCACCGCGUCGAGCCCAAGCUGUUGGAGCCGCCGGUCAUCCAGUGCAUCGUCGACAUGCUGGACGGGGUGCGGAGGGAGCACGCGGAGGCGCGGGACGGCGGCGGCGCGGUCCCCGCGCACGCCGCGGCGUCCCAGCGGCUGGGCAGAAUCCUGGAACCGCUCAUCAAGAUACUCCGCGCCAGCAAGCGCGUGGCGGCGGCGCUGGGGCGCGACGGCCGCGUGACGUGGAACGUCUCGGCGCUGCUGGGCGAGGAGCGCGACGCGCUGCUGCGGCGCUCGCUGCUCAAGGUCAUCCGACACCUCUACGAACAUCACCCGCAGCCCAAGGAGUUCCUCCUGGACCCGCACCUGCAGGACGCGCUGCACCGGCUGACGAACGCGGAGCACGAGAACGCGGUGAUGGUCCGCGCCGAGGCGCAGAAGUUGUUGGACGCGUUCCGGCUCAACACGGUCAUGUGA